GGAGAGAUACAGACGUCUUUGCAUGUGUUAGAAGUUUGGUACCACUGCAACCAGCAUUUCCAGAAUUCUGCAAUUUUUUUUUUUUUUUUUUUUUUUCCAGUUCAAUCAACGUGAGAAAUUCCAGCCUUGCUGUUUUAGAUUAGCAUAACUGAACAAUGCGGCUUUCAAUGUUAAUUUCCUUGAUCAGGCCGAUUGGGCCGGUUGUUAUUGGUAUCUCAUUGGGGUUUACCUUGAGUCUGUUGAGUGUGACCUGGGUCGAGGAGCCCUGCAGCAGCCCUGACUGGAAUCGAGGCGAUGAAGUUGUGUUGCAGCUGGAUGGAAACCACUACUCUCUUCCUGCAGGCAGCUUGCAAAACGGAGAGAAUGUGGAGGAUUUUGAACCAAGAAUUGUGCCAUAUAAACCCGUUCAACAACAACCCCCACCAAAAAAAAUGUACAGAGCAAAAUACAUCAGCACAGAGCUUGGCAUACGGGAACGACUUUUUGCUGGGGUUCUUACGUCCAAAAACACCAUAAACACCAUGGCUGUUGCAGUAAACCGAACCAUCAGACACCACUUGGACAAUGUUGUCUAUUUCACUGGGAUGCGAAACAGAAAAAUCCCCCACGGGAUGUUUGUGGUGACCCACGGCGAUGAGCGACAAAUCUGGAACAUGUUCCAAACCAUUCGAUAUGUCCUUGAACAUUACAUUAACGAAUAUGACUGGUUCUACUUUGUUCAAGAUGACACCUACACUCAAGCGGACCGCAUCAAAUCGCUUGUCGGGCACCUAAGCAUUCAUACAGAUCUGUACAUGGGAAGCCCAGAGGAGUUCAUUGGCGGUGAGAUGGAGGGAAGAUACUGUUAUGGUGGGUUUGGCUAUCUGCUGUCACGGACUUUGCUUCUCAAACUGCAGCCUUAUUUGGAGAGCUGCCGUAAUGAUAUCCAGAGCAGUAGAGCUGAUGAGUGGCUGGGACGGUGCAUCAUCGAUUACGGCAACGUAAACUGCGUAGAGGAACAGGAGGGACUUCACUACCAACGCUUUGAGAUGGGCAAAAAUUCAGACCCAAAUAAGGAGGAAGACAUACGUUUCAAGAAUGCAUUCACUGUUCACCCUGUAUUAGAUCCAGCACAGAUGUACAGAUUGCACAAUCAUUUCACUGAAAUUGAACUGCAGAGGACUUACGAUGAAAUUGAGAAGUUACAGGCCGAAAUAAAAAACAUCAGUGAGGUUGCGUUUGAUGGAAAUCGAAGUGCCCAUUGGCCUAUUGGAAUCAAUCCACCAUUCGAGCCCAAAACCCGGUUUGAAGUUCUUCGAUGGGAUUAUUUCACAGAAGACCAGGUUUAUACCUGCAAAGAUGGUUCCCCAAAAUGUGAGCUUCAGGGGAUUGACAAAGCAGAUGUCACAAAUGUUAUCGAGAUAGCAAUGGGGGAACUGAACAAAAAGUAUAAGCCAGUGCUUCAUCUGAAGAAACAGCAGCUUAUUAAUGGCUACAGGCGUUUUGACCCAACGCGUGGCAUGGAGUACACUUUGGACCUUCAGCUUGAGGUUGUGAACCAGAAGGGACGAAGCCGUUCCAUUACUAAGCGUGUCCACCUUGUACGGCCCUUGAGCGACAUUGAGAUUAUUCCUAUGCCUUAUGUGACAGAAGCUACCAGAGUUCACAUCAUUCUGGCAGUGACUGUUCAUGAUCGUGAUUACGUGAACCAGUUUCUUGAAGUAUACGCCACAAAUUUUUUUGAGAUGAGCGAAAAUGCUAUUUUGUCUUUCUUGUUCAUAUAUGACCCCUUUCAGGCUCAGCAGGUCAACCAAAAUGACAUUUUUGCAAAUGUUAAAGCCAAAAUUGCAGCAUAUGAGCGCAAAUACCCAGUAACAAAGAUACCGUGGAUCAGCGUUAAAACUGAAGCCCCUUCUCAAAUUAAGAUCAUGGACAUCAUCUCAAAGAAGCACCAAGUAGACACUUUGUUCUUUGUGGCAAAUGUCAACACCAAUGUCAAUUCUGAAUUCCUCAACCGUUGCCGCAUGAACACUAUUAACAACUGGCAGGUCUUUUUUCCGAUCCAUUUCCAAGACUACAACCCUGAUAUUGCUUAUCACAACCAACAGCCUCCUCCCACCAUAGACCUGAUCAAAGAUGCCGGCCACUUUGACCGAGAUAUCUUUGAUGAGGCUUGUUUCUAUAAUUCUGAUUAUAUGGCAGCAAGAACAAAGAUGUUCUCUGAUGUACAGGAGAAUGAGGAGAUCUUGGAAGCUCUUGAUGUCUAUGACAUGUUCAUCAAGUAUUCCAACCUUCACGUCUUCCGAGCAGUUGAACCUGCAUUACACCAGAAAUACAGACACAAGUUCUGUAAUCCUCGACUUGGUGAGGAGAUCUACCACCGAUGUAUACAAAGCAAUCUUGAGGGUCUUGGCUCGCAAUCUCAGCUUGCCAUGUUAUUAUUUGAACAAGAGCAGGGGAACAGUACUUGACCAAAUAUAAAAAAGCAAGAAGUCCAGGGUGUGUGCAUUUUAAGAAAUAUAUAUAUAUAUGUAUAAUUUUUUUUUUUUUUCUUGAGUAAAGUUUACAAUGCAGAACAUUCCAGAGAAAGACAUACUUUUCAUUUACAUUGAACAUUAUUUGUGUUCUUUACCAAACAGUGGUUUAACAGGCAGGUAUACCUUUGUCACCAGUUAACCUUGCUUGUGAGACUUUUCAUUUCCUACCCAGCAUUUUUUCCUUUUGGAAGGAAUAUGUAAUGGGCAGGGUUUCCAGUCUUUUUUUAUGGGACAUUUUUCUAUUUUCUACCCAUGUAUGGUCUUUCUCCGUUAUGUUUCUCUGAAGGUACAACUGCAAAAAAGUAAGGACAGCUUUGUAUCUCAAAUUAAAGCUAACUUUAAUAUGGUAGCUUACAGGUGCUUUGAGUUAUUUUUGUGUUUUUUUUUUUUUUUUUAAAUAUGAUGCUCAUCUUUUACAUACAGACAUUCCAUUGACUUGCUUUUGUCAUCCAGAGCUGGAUAACGAGAGUGAAACAUUGUUUUAAAAUCUGUGCUAACUUCUUAAACUGUAACUUUUUUUAUACUCUUUGUGGUUUGUAACUACUUUUUUUUAGUCAGACUUUAAAAGACCCACACUGGCACUGACGUACCAUAUAGACAAUAUAUUGAAGAGAAACAUAUAAGGCAUUUAAGUAUGCUAAAUAACCUUCUUGCCUCUUCAAAUAUAAAUGCAGUCCAAAAUGCCAAAGCUGGACCUACUGUAAGGCAAACCAGCAGGUUUAAAUGUAUGGAAUUGUCAAGAUAAGUAAUUAAAGUUAGCAGAUAUAUUAUGUAUUAGCCCUAUUAUAAAUACAGACAUUUAUUGCUGUAAUUCUAACACACAAAUUUCAUAUUAGAGGUACCACAUUUAAAAUGGAAAUUCUGUUAGUUGUAGAAAAUGCUUCAUUCGAAUACAAAAGUUUUCUUUUUUUUUUUUCUCCCAAAAAAGUGCCAUGCUAAACCGUUGUACAUUAAAUUAGGCAUGGAUUGAUGAUGAAGUGAUCAAGCCCAGAAACAUGGGCUCAUUUCUUUUCAGUGAUGAACAUUCCAACUUUUGUUUUUGUUUGUUUGUUUUUAAAUUUUACUCAAGGAAAAAUAUUGCUGUUGCAACUUCUGUAUGUUUUGCAUUCUGGAUGAAGUUAGUGACUUCUGAUUUUUAAAGACAAUAGUGGGGUAGAUUUUCAAAGGUGACAAAAUUUUAGUCAAUCGUCUCCUUGGACGACUGCAUUUUCUUUGAGAUUUUCAAAAAUGACUUGGCCGAAUGAUUUUUGUCGAUGUCUAAGUUUACUAUUCAUGGCAUCGAUGUCCAGCUUCUCUCAUAGGUAAGCAUCGGAUUUAGACGUCAAGAGAAGGGAAUGAUUUUCAAAUACUUAGACAUUAGUCAGCUAGCCGUCUAUGUAAAUUACUUUGCAUAUUACAAUGUAUGCAGAUCAGCCGGAAGCGACGCGUUUCAUCUAGGUGUUCGAUGUUGCAACUCAAAGUGCAGUGCCCACCUCUCCUGCUGCAGAAGGAAAGGGACCUGAUAGACCCACUACAGUUAAAAUAAAACCGGUGAAUGAGAAAAACGAAUGCUCUGCUCAAAAGGUAGCCAGAUGCAGUCUUAGAAAAGUGAAUAUGUUUUUCAUUUAGUAAAGAUUCUCUUAAUUUGAGAACUUUGUUUUGUUAUUGGAUAAAUAUCUCACCUUUUAAUUUAUGAUACUCUCCAUGUAUUUAAUAUAUAUAUAUCAAACUUUGCAUUGGAACACUAUUGAAUUUUUAAAGUACAGUAUUUUUUUAUCCAUGCAAUAGGGAUAGAGAAAAUAAGUUUUUGUGUUAUAGUGCAAAUUAAUUUGAAUGAAAACUUGGACUUUUUCGUGCUUCUUGAUUGUAUUAUCAACAUGGUACUUUUCUGAUUUUUCCACAUUUAUUUUCCGGUAAUAAAAACAUGAAUGUAAUUUUGGGUAAACGUCUAAAAAUCUAGGUUACACCCGUCCAAAGUCCUGAGUCACCUUUGGAAAAUCUACCCCAGUGUGUCUGCAUUAAUGGCGAUUGCUGCUGCUGUUUUUGUUAUAUGGUAUUGUUCCAUUUUCUGAGCUGUUUGUUUUGGGCAAGUUGCUCCUCAGACACCUGUGCAAUAUUUUGGAAGGAGAAACAUGCUUGGUAAUAACAGUUGCAUUGGACAAUUCCAAUUAAAAAAAAAAAAAAAAAUCAUCAUAUUGACUAUCUUCAGUUACUUUAUUUCAGAGGUACAAUAUAUAAGCAUGUUAAUCUAAAACAGUUGUAGCAUUGGCAGUUUUGUUGAAAGGCUGUAUUCUUUAAAAUGACACGCAGGAGUGGAAAUGACAGUCAAUACAACUGGUGUCCACCAUACACCACCUUGAUAAUACUUUUAUAUUUAUACAUUGCUCACAAAGAAAGUUAACUUGCAUGACAUUCAUAUAUACAAAUGAUUAAUUUGCACUUAACAUUUGCCAAAUUUAAAGUCUAUUUGUUUUAGUUCCAUUCACUUUCUAUGGUAAAACAGCUUUUCUUCAUUAUUCUUUGUCUAUAGAAGGCACUGUUUCAUUUAAUUUGAUUAACAGCACUAGCAAUGUAUGCAUAACCUUCUUUUUAUUUUGGCAAUCCUUGUAUAAAACAUGUUGAAAUUAAGACUUGAUUGUGACCUUACAAGGUGCAGGUUUUCUUUGGUGAAGGAAAACAAUAUAUUUGUUUACAUCUAGCAAUAUGUUUCUAAACAUAUGUACUUGUUAAGCACUGAGAUUUUAUUUUUCUAGAGCUAUAAUAUUUACCACCCUAGAUGUGUAAGCUGUUAUGAAGGCAGUACCUACAACCAGAAAUGGCAUCUGAAAAGGCCAGGUCUUGAAACCGGUAUUUCAGUACAUUAAAGUACAUGUGACAUUGCCAGUAAUCCCAGAAUCUACUUUGGGUCAGAUAAGGAAGAUAUAUUUAAGUCAAUGUUUUAAUAAGUACAUGCAACUCGGGUGUAGUCUUCAUGUAAUUAUGGCUAAAUAAACCCAGCGAGAAAGCAAACAAUAACAUAUGUUAUUGUAUUUAAAAUGUUAAUUGUUACAAAGCAAUACUAAACUAUGUUAAGAACUUUGUAUAAUUGUUACUCUAUUCUGUACCAAGCCAGUUCCACAAGAUGAUGGUUAAAAUGGCCACAGAUACAGAAAUGAAAUAUGUAUUUUUAAUACAAACUUUGUAAAAUGGGAUCUUCAUAGCACCAAGUAGUGCUAAAAAACCUAAUGUAAUAGUGGGUUUUACAGACAUCUGUACAAACAUCUAAUUAAAUGGAAAAAUUAUAUUUGAAACGCAGUAGUAAUAGUGCAGUAUAAGAUUUUAUAGAAACAACAGCUGUGUGAAUCCUUGAAGUACAAAUGACUCUUAUACAGAAAGUCCUAGGAAGGAUAUUCUGUUAUGUUCAGAUGUUCAGAUUGUUUAAAGAAUCAAUUGCCAAAGUUUUGAGAAACGUGAGUGUGGGAUUUGUGAAAUACGUUGUCAGCUGUAGACUGAGUUUUAAAAUGCAGCACAAUUACAUUUUGUGGGCUUUUAACAAUAUUCUUUCCCAUUGUAUAGUUUAAUUCCCUUGCAUUCUGUGAAGAUCAGGAGCCUGCAAAUAGUGACUUGCUGUUUAAAUAAGUUUAGGUUUGUAAUAGUUGUGUUUAUUUUUAAAAUAUGUAUUGUUCCCAUGCUCGGCUGGUGAAUACAACUACAGGGGAUUUUAUAUUAUGCAACAACAAACUAUUGAGAUGAAUAUUCUCUGAUUACCAGCUCCUUCAGGACAAUCUUUUUUUUUUCUAAAAAAGAGCCUCCCCUGUAAUUGUGUUUCCCAUGUGAGGUGAUGGUUUUGAACUCUCCAGUAUAUCAAAGAUAUAGGCCCUAAACUGGUAAGUGUUUUGAUACUAAAAAUGUAUAGCAUUUAUUAUCAAGGUCACGGAGCACACAUCUGUAAACUAUUACUUCACCAAAAACUUGAUAGAAUGACUGUGAAUUUUGUAAGUCUAAAACAUUAAAUGAUAUUUAAUGUUGAGUUGUGUUUUAAAUGUUUUGUUUUUUUUUUUGCUUGUUUGUUUGCUCUGUAGUAACGGUAGUUUUUACAUUUUCAUAUUUCACAUUAUAUAAUGAUGCCUGGGGUGGGGGCAUUUAGCACAGCAGAGAAAUACAAUGUUAAGUGGACCCUUCCAUAUAAAAUUGCAAACCAUGACCAAAAAGUGCAAAUUGCAGAAUGUUGACCAUUUG